AUGAGGGCUACCAGUGCUACCAAUGCUACCAGCACCACUGCGCCUAAUGGUACUGAACAGAGAGACAAACUUCAGAUGAGUGAACCUCACAAACAAUUUCAUUCAUUUGAUGGCAUCAAAGAGUCGGCGGCAGUGGUGAGGGAGAAGCGGCCGUCAGUGCCAGUGAGGGGACAGCAAUACUUUCACUAUCAGUACGAACCAUACAAUCGCUCUAAUUAUUACGCACCGGGAGCUGCAUCUGAGCAGACAUUUAUCGGCGAAUAUAGCAGUAGUGAUUGGAUAUCCACGACUCAAACACCAAUAGAUAUCGCCUGCAAGCGGAAAGAGGAUCAGCAAAGUGUAGCCAAAUCGCCGACAGCGCCGAAGAAGCCGCGUCUUGUCUUUACGGAUCUGCAAAGACGUACUCUUCAGGCGAUCUUCAAGGAGACGAAAAGGCCGUCGAAAGAGAUGCAAAUCACUAUUUCGCAACAGUUGGGCCUCGAGCUCAGUACUGUCGGCAACUUUUUUAUGAAUGCCCGCAGACGUAGUCAAGACAAAUGGCUGGACGACGUGUUGGACACCGGCUCCAUGUCUCCGGCCUCCACCUCCUCGUCAUCGCAGAGGGCGAUGAGCAGCACAUCCAACAAAACGAUUGUAACGGCACAACCGACCUCGGUGUUGACCAUUGGCAACGCCGCUAUAGUCACCUGUACAUAG